AUGCUCCUAAGUUUCCAGGACUAUCCAUAUCCAAAGUGUUCUUGAGGUUGAAGGUACAGGUAAAGAUGGCGGACUGAUCGGUGUCGGCGUGGUAAACACCAUCAUCUUUGUAGCAGAUCACUUGUUUACCAUCAUUGCAUCAGAUCGACGGUACGAACGUUGCAUUUUAUCCUGUUAAUAAAAUCGCUGCUGCGUUAAUUAAUAGCCACCGUCAUUUUGUUGGGUUAGAAGCGAUUUUUGUUCCUAAGAAAGGAUGACUAUUGAUGUGUUACACAAAACAGAAAUAGCUACUGUUGACUCAGAGUCUGAAGAUGACAGUUCUGUUGAUGAAGUACAGGUCAUUAAUGAAGAAAGUGGUGGAGAAUCAAAUGCAACUGAAAGGAGUGCUGCUGAAUCAAGUGCUAGUGACGAUACUGAUAACGAUGGAAAUGUUGAUGAUGAUGUAGACAGAGAACAUACAUUGGGAUAUUCAACUACUGCAACUGCUGAGUAUGUAGAUGGAGGAGAUAGUGUGGUAGUGUUGGUAGAGGAAGGUGGAGAUUCAACUCUCAUUAAGGAAACUGGGCCUUCAAAUCAGAAACUACAAUAUCAAGGAUGUCGAAAUGAAAACAAAGGAAGAAGAAAUAAUUGGCAGGGGAAGAAUUACUGGAAAGGUGGACCUGGAAAGAAGGGGAAGGGGAAAUGGGAAAAUAAAAAUCAUACUGCAGAUAAAGGAAAUUGUGAUAGAAAUAACAGUAAUUGUGAGAAUGAUAAAACUGGUCCACAAAGUCAGGAAGCACAUAAAGCAAAUCAUGAAAAAAAAGUUAAUAAAAAAGAAAUUUCAAUUUUUAAUGACACCCCCUUGAAAUUUAAUUAUGGUAAUCCCAGCCAGAAGCAAAGUAACUUUCCAUACCCAAAUUCAGUACCUUUUAAGAGGCAUACUACCGAGAACCAAAAUCAAAACAGUGGUAAUAAGAAUGGGGAGAAGGGAGGAAAGAAAAACAACAACAACAACAACAACAACAACAACAACAACAACAACAACAACAAAGGGAAAGGUAAUAAUGAUGAACAUUCAAAGGACUAUUUCAAAUUAGCAAAAGCUGUUAUUGAGCCGUUUUGGAAGAAGAAGGAAAAGGCGGAGCCUGUGGAUAGUUUCGUUCUGAAGCUUCAUUAUCGAAUGAGUGUUUGCUUGUUUAUAGUCAUGUUUACAAUUGUUCAGUCAAAUUGGUAUGUAAAGGAAUCUAUAAAAUGCGUAUCUGCCCACUUUACUUGCACUGGUGAACUCCCUUUUCACCUAAAAAAUUUUUGCCUGUCUUUUUCAUAUGUGUGUGAUCUCACAUCAGUAUUAGGCAGCUCCUGCUCCCGCCGAUACCUCUUAUUUUACCGUUGGAUUCACACAAGUUUUCUGGUUAUUGGAUGUCUAUAUUACAUACCAAGAUUUAUCGCCAAGAAAGUUAUGAAUCCAAGGUUGAAGAAACUCCUUUAUGAUCUUGCAUGUGAUGAAGCUAGGUAUGAUGCUGCUUCGUGUGAGCAAGUAACAGAAAAAAUGCUCAAGUUUGUUGAUAUGGACAGAGGAUCACGUUCACAAUAUCUCUGGCUUGUAAUUUGUCAUGUGAUUGCUUUACUUAUAGACUUUGGCGUUAUAUGUUUCUUUGACUUUAUGUUACAGAAUCGAUUCAUUGGACUUCUGUAUCAUUCUUACCCAUAUCAGCGCAACCCACCAUACUUCACUGACUAUAUAUCACAGACAUUUCCACCUUUUGCUAACUGCACAGUCCAUACAGAAAAUCUCAUUAAUGUGGAAAGGGAAGAGACAUUUGGUUGUUAUUUAUACCUCAUGGAAUUAUAUGACAAAAUAUUCAUCGUACUUUGGCUAUGGCUUGCGUUUCUGUCAUUUGUUACCAUUCUUAGUAUAUUGGUUAUGCUUUUGGUUUCUUUUCCACCCUUCAAUCAUUUCUUUUUAUGCUUGUUCACACCAUCAGUGAGGCUUGGUCAAAUGAGAAAAAAAGUUCAGUCAAUGAGCAACUUGAAUGACCUUUAUACACUGUAUCUCAUGAAGCAACAUUGUAGUGAAAGCCAGUUUAUUAGAUUUAUUGCAAAAUUGAUCCACAAUUCUGAGGAUACUCUUGAAGAAGUCUUGGUUAUGAAAAGGGGAGAGAAAAAGAAAUGUGACUCUGUUAAAGAGAAGUGUGUUGUUUUUGAUGGCCAAUGGAAUAGUGAGAAGGAGGAUGUAGAUCCUGAAAGUCAACGUUGGCCACUUAAUGCAAGUACACCACAGUAUUCUGAAACAAGAAUUGCAAACUGCAGGACAUUUGGAAGGCCUCUUGAGCUUUGAUAUUUAUGCCAAGAGAUAUACUGUAUGUUGUCCUUUCCACCUCACAAAAUGAAAGUCAUGACUCCAAUGGAAAUUUGUGUUUUAUAACAUGAGAUUUUACCUGGUGCAAAUUUGUCCUUACUUUAUAAUUGUAGAAUUCAAGCUGUUCAAAUAUUUUGUCAGAGGCAGCAAUUUGUAAAACUUUAUGCAAUACAUACUAACUUUGAUGUGGGAGGGCAAUGUUAUUGUAUGUUCUAUUGCCUGGGUGUUAUUACCGUGCACCUUAAUUACCUGUACAUAUUCCACAUCUGCUUAAAAGGAUAUAUAACUCAUAAUUGAAGUAUGUACAUUUAAAUACAAAGUGUUAUUGAUUACAUUUUUUUUCAGUUGCCCAGUAUGUAGUUGUUAUUUUCAAAAUAGUCAAGCAGUUGUGAUAUAAAGGGUUGAGUAAGUUCCUCACUAUUUGAGGGUAAUUAAAUUUUACACCUUUAUAAUAGUAAUAAUUGGAUUGUUGACCUUUAAUAAUAAAUUUUAUGAAGUUAUAAUUAUAUUAGAAAUGUCAUUACUAUGAAACCAUUUUUGAGCAACUGGAAGUUUAAAAAAAUUGUAAGGAAUUUUUUUAAAACUUAGCUGUCUCUUAAUUUCUGAAUAAUUACCUAUGUACAAUUUAUUAAAUGUAAGAGAUCAACUUUAUUAGUAGUAGCUGCAUAACAAUGCAUUCAAUUCUUGUAAUAAGAGCUACUAUGUGUAUUAUAUGAACUGUACUAAUUUUUAGUGGAUGGAUAACUUGUCAUUCUGUCCCAGUGCAUUGGAGAAAAGAUGUAAAAUUGGCCCAGAUAACUUUGAAAUGUCAUACAUCAUGAGCCAUAGAUUGGUUUUCAUUAAGCUUGAUCUUUGUAACAUUUUAGAUUAAUUAGUAGCUCAGGGAAGCUGAACUUGCUCAAAUGUUCCAAAUAGUAUUCUCAAUCUACUCAGGAAACUAAGUUUUACUUCUUACGUUGUUGCAAUUUUGUGUUUGAAUGCCUGCAAGAAGAGGCAUUUGGAAAUUUUGGAACCUAAGGAGGUGGAACAAUGUUUAGGAUUUUUUUUCAAGUAGUGUUUUAUUUUUAUAAGUGGUCUUUAAAAUUGGUGGCAUUAUGUUAUAUUUUGAGUGUACAUUGUACAUUGCAACCAAAUUUGGUAUUGUUUGUUUGUUGCAAAACAAGAUAGUUUAAGUACAAAUGUUUAUUAAAGUACAAAACUUAUAAAGAUAUGCAGAUAAUUGGUAGUUAAAUUGUUGGAACAUUAAAUUGUUGCCACAAAGAUUAAUAUGCAACUGUUAAUGGUUCAUUGUGUAUGUAACUUUUAACAGCCAAAUUUUAUUUUAGAGAAAGUUUUUUCAUUUGUAUCAAUAACUUAGAAUGUAUACUGUGGGUCUCAAACAUAAAUGGGCAAAUUGCUGUGCAGUGUGUACAUAAUUUGCUGAAUCCAUUUUCCAUUGUCAUAGAAAUACUAGUUAUAUUUUAGUUUUCUGUUUUCAGGGGUACAGUAAGUUCACUUCUUGGUUUUAAUACUGAAUUUUCUGUCACAUUUUCAGAGUUUUUUUGGUUCUAGGAUUUUUUUUUUUUUUUUAAGUUUAUUGUGAAUGUACAUUCAUAUGUAUAGAAAUAAAUUGGUUUUUGUGCAUAUUCUAAAUAUUAAGUGCUUCAGUAAAUUGUGAGUACCAUGUUAAUUAAAUUGAGGAGUGUAAGUUAUGAUACAUCCAUUUAUUUUGAAAUUUUUAUGUAAAUGCUAAUUAAUGAGUUGUACUAGACAUUUACAAACUUGUGCAGCAAACUUUUUGGAAUAGUUAAAUCAGUUUGGAAGUUCAGACAUUUGAACCCAGCAUCAUUCUUGUUAUUAACAAAACAAGUCUACAAAACUGUGGUAAGAUGAAUCCAUACAGCGAUAAUUGAAAUAAUAAUUUAAUAUCCUUGACAAUGGAUAACUUCAGGAUAUGUCGUCUAUGGUGAUCCAUGAAAAGUAUUAAUAUUUUUAGCAUCUUUUUUCAACUGGUGACAUCUACCAGGUAAAUGGUUAUUGUAUUGAUAAGAGCUUGCAGUAUGAUGGAAAGAUCUGUAUACUUUAAUAUUUUUUUCUUGGCUUGCUUGGUUAUGGAAUACCCUGAAAAGAACAAAAGAACAAAAAUAGAAGAAAUCACUAAUCAGUAGAGCUUUAUUGAUUAUUCAAAAGGAUACAGAUACAGCCAUGAAAGAACAGGAUUAAAUUAAAAGUUGUGAAGUCUUUAUACCUGCUGUGUAACAUACCUAAAUCUUGUUGCAAGUUGUUGGGUCAAGCCUUUCAGAUUACUGUAUGUAUGCAGUAUACUUUCAUAUCCUUUGCAAAUGACAAACUCAUUACAUCAAAAGUUUUUGGAGUCUUGAAGUUGGCUAUUUUUAGGAUGAGCGGUAGAUUGCCCACUAUCUCACCUCACUUAAAAAGUAUCUUGUACAGGUUUUCGUUAGAUCAUGUGACCUAACUGCUUCUCUGAGAGAUAUCUCUGCAUGAGUUCUGUCACAUGAUUGAUUUCUUUAAGUACUGUGUACACUCAUUAAAGCCUCCAUAGGAUCUUAUAUGUGCAUAUUUGAGGUCAGUGAUAUUGUGAUUGCUAGAGGUGUUAACUGUAGUUGAUGCUGAUGAUGGAAUAUCUGUGACAUUUUCAGUUGGUCUGAAACAUAACCCCAGACCUCUCAUGCCAAAGUUGCUCCAAGACAAACAAGUAACAAGUCUUUUUCUUGGUAUGUAACUUAGUAGUAUAAGAAAGGAUAUUUUUUCACUGUUAUGGUAUUGAUUGUUCACUGUAAUUAUACAUUCUUUAAUGUAAUGAAAUUAGUUAAGGUUUGAGAAUUGGACUCAUCACUACAUAUCUUUGAAAGACAGAUUUGCAAAUAAAAAACUUUAAAAGGACCUAAUUAACAUCCUAAUCUAGGUAUUGAGGGGAGUAACAAAUAUGAGAAUAUUUUAUUUUAUCUUUUUGGUUUAUAUUUUUAGUAAAUUCUCUCUUUGCCUCAUUCUUGGUUAUUAAAGUUCUGAUUGAUAGCAGGAUGCAAAAUCACAAGAAUUAACAACAGUAGCCAUCCAUUUUUUUCUAUACUAGAUUUUCAUCGUAAAACCAUUUUUGCCACAUUUUAUUUCUUAUAACAUUGUAAGUAUUUUGAACUGGUAAAAGAAAGAAUAAACAAGGUCCAUCAAA